UCUCUCUCUCUCUCUCUUUACUGUGGCCUGUGUGCUCUCAGUCAGUUGCGGCACUGAAUAGAUCAGUGAUAUCAGUGUGUGCUACGGUGCCAGGCUAACGGUUAUUCUCAAGCACAGGCACCUGCUGACAAAUACAGUGUGAGCGACUCAUCAUGGGAAACUGCACCUCAAGGACAAAGAAGAAAAGAAAAGAUGAGUCUGCACCAGAUGAUAAGCCUGUCGAGGAUGUGACGUACGCCUCGAUUGACCACAGCACUGCCAAAGGACCGAGAACAUCCAGAGCUGUAAGUGACAACGACUGUGACUAUGCCACAGUUCAGGUCCCGGCAGCACUGCAACCUCAACCUGAGCGUGGGUCCUCAUCCAAAGACGAAUGUGCAGAUGAUUAUGUGCUGAUGGGCUGAAUAUGAAGUUCAUUUGCACCAUUGAAGGAUGGAGAACUGGCAGAUAAUAUCAUACACUUGCAGUCUGCUGUUUGAAAUCAGACAUUUCCAGUUGAACUGAUCAAAUCUUGAUUUUCCAUGAAGAAAAUGUGACAAAAUGAAAAAACAAAACCCUUCAUAUCCAACAGCAGCUGUAGAAAAAUACCCCCUGACAUGUUUCCCUUCACUUCUGAGGGAACCUGACGUCUGCAUUCACCUGUAGUGUUUCUUUCUCAAGAAGAGAAACGUGUCUUGCCUCUUCACAGCAGAAACCCAACCUAAGGAGAACGUGAAACUAUGAACCCCUGACUUCCGAAAACAUGAACUAAAUAUCAGGAAGCACUAAGUCAGAGUCGUACUCGAGGACCUAAAGAUGCAAAUGGAUUAAUCGGUUCUGGGCCAUGUGUGUGUGUGUGUGUUUAUUAUAGUCAGAAUUACUGCACAUCACCUGGAAAAAAAUAUUAAAAGUUACGAAUCUU